GNCGUACGUAUAAUAAAAUCUGUUACAUAAUAAGCAAGUGAAAAAUUGUGCUUAAAAUUGGUACAAUGGAAAACAACACAGAUCAUUCAGAACCGACGAACUACAGUCCCCUGACUGUUGAGGAUGUAGAUGUAGACUUUUUACCGAUUGUAUACGAUAUAAUACGAAGCGUGGAGAGAGAUUUUCACGACAACGCGUCGAAAAUACGCGAGUCCCACGAGUGCAGUCAUAGAGUUCUUGAAUUACAAAAGAGGCUAGAAAUAGCUAAAGCUCAGAUCAGGAGGCUCCCAGGUAUAGAAUUCAACAAACACGACCAGCUGAAGCAAUUUGAACUGCUCCGCACUCAGCUGAGAUUAAAGCGUGAACUCUUACAGAAGUAUCGGAAUAUGUGCUCAUUUGAGACAUCAUUCAAGUGAAGAUGCCUCUACGUGCGCUGCUUAAAUACUUAGCCAAUAAUGAACGAAUUGUACAGAAGAUUGCAGAGUCCUACCCUGUACGACGAGCAGCUCAGUUAGCUGUCUCAG